AUUGCCGCUGCGGUCACCCGGGUGUAGUGCAUCAUCCUGAGCCCACCCGCCGUGGGUCUCUCCUAUGUUCUUGGGGGUGGGGGGCGGCUCCGGGAGCCCUGAGGGGCGAAGCGGCAGAGACGCCUCUCUUCAGAGAGGAGGUGAUGUCGCAGCCCCGGAUGGGGCCAGAGCGCGCGGGAGUGGAGCUUGGCGACUGCCAGGAGCGCCUGCCGGAGGAGAGCAGGAGGGAGCACUGGCAGUUGUUGGGUAAUUUGAAGACUACUGUGGAGGGUUUGGUGUCAGCCAACACCCCCAAUGUCUGGUCCAAGUAUGGUGGCCUGGAACGGCUUUGCAGGGACAUGCAGAACAUCCUCUAUCAUGGGCUCAUCCGUGACCAGGUCUGUUGCCGCCAGACUGAUUACUGGCAAUUUGUGAAAGACAUCCGCUGGCUUAGUCCCCACUCAGCCCUUCAUGUGGAGAAGUUCAUCAACUUGCAUGAGAAUGGCCAGAGCAGCACUGAUGGCGUGAGUGACCGUGUCACUGCAGAACUGUGGCUGCAGCAUAGCUUGCAGUUCCACUGUCUCUCAGCUCAGCUCCGACCUCUGCUUGGGGAUAGACAGUAUAUCAGAAAAUUCUACACAGAUACUGCUUUCCUGCUAAGUGAUGCCCACGUCACAGCCAUGCUCCAAUGCCUAGAAGCAGUGGAACAGAACAACCCCCGCCUCCUCGCCCAGAUUGAUGCAUCUAUGUUUUCCAGAAAACAUGAGAGCCCGUUGCUGGUGACAAAGAGCCAGAGCCUGACAGCGCUACCUGGUUCCACAUGCACCCCUCCAACCAGUUACGCUCAGCAUUCCUAUUUUGGGUCCUUCUCUAGCCUCUACCAAUCUGUACCUAACCACGGCCCAGAAAGAAGAUCUACUUCCUUUUCUCUCUCUGGCCUUCCCCGGAAACCUCAAGAAAGCAGAGGGCACGUUUCCGCAGAGGAUCAAACCAUCCAAGCCCCUCUGCUUCCAGUCUCUGCAUUAGCCAGGAUUUCCCCCUCAACUCCAAAUGAGAUGAGCUCCAGCACUCUGACCAGCCCUUUAGAAUCAUCCUGGGUCAGCAGCCAGAAUGAUUCCCCAAGUGAUGCCAGUGAGGGGCCCGAGUACUUGGCCAUUGGCAACUUGGACUCUCGAGGCCGGACCAGUAGUUGUCAGAGUAACAGCAGCAAUGCUGAGAGCAGCAGCUCCAAUUUGUUCUCCUCCAGCAGUUCCCAGAAGCCAGCUUCUGCUGCUUCUUCCCUAGUGGACCAAGAGGGAGGUGGGCAGAGCCAGCUGUCCAGUGUCCUUCGCAGGUCCAGCUUCUCAGAGGGGCAGGCACUCACUGUCACCAGUGAAACGAAGAAGAGCCAUACUCGCUCCCAUUCGGAUACCAACAUCACCUCCAGGGGAGCCCCAGGAGGCCCCAGGAAUAUCACCAUUAUAGUUGAAGAUCCCAUUGCAGAAUCCUGCAAUGAUAAGUCGAAGUUGAGAGGCCCCUUGCCCUACUCUGGCCAAAGCAGUGAAGUCAGCACACCCAGCUCUCUGUACAUGGAGUAUGAGGGUGGUCAGUACCUGUGCUCAGGUGAAGGCAUGUUCCGAAGACCAUCAGAAGGACAGUCCCUUAUCAGCUACCUGUCUGAGCAAGACUUUGGCAGCUGUGCUGACCUGGAAAAGGAGAAUGCCCACUUUAGUAUCUCAGAGUCCUUGAUUGCUGCCAUUGAACUGAUGAAGUGCAACAUGAUGAGCCAGUGCCUAGAAGAGGAGGAAGAGGAGGGGGAAGACAGCGAUAGAGAGAUCCAGGAACUGAAGCAGAAGAUCCGCAUUCGUCGCCAGCAGAUCCGCACCAAGAAUCUGCUCCCUGUGUACCAGGAGACUGAGCAUGGAAGCUUUCGGGUCACUUCAAGCAGCUCCCAGUUCAGUUCACGUGAUUCCACACAAUUCUCUGACUCUGGCUCUGCUGAUGAGGUUGAUGAAUUUGAAAUCCAAGAUGCUGACAUCAGAAGGAGCACAGCCUCCAACAACAAAUCUUUGAUUCCCUCCCAGACGUUCUCCCAUUGCUUCCUCCACUCCACGUCCGCUGAGGCGGUGGCCAUGGGGCUCCUGAAGCAGUUUGAGGGGAUGCAGCUCCCAGCUGCCUCGGAGCUAGAGUGGCUGGUUCCAGAGCAUGAUGCCCCUCAGAAGCUCCUGCCCUUCCCUGACUCGUUGCCCAUCUCACCAGAUGAUGGGCAGCACGCUGACAUCUACAAGCUGCGUAUUCGUGUUCGUGGCAACCUGGAGUGGGCCCCGCCCCGGCCUCAGAUAAUCUUUAAUGUUCAUCCAACCCCAACGAGGAAAAUUGCUGUGGCCAAGCAGAAUUACCGCUGUGCAGGGUGUGGCAUCCGGACUGACCCUGAUUAUAUCAAGAGGCUGAGGUACUGUGAGUACUUGGGCAAGUACUUCUGUCAGUGCUGCCAUGAGAAUGCCCAGAUGGUUAUCCCCAGCCGGAUUCUGCGCAAGUGGGACUUCAGCAAGUAUCAUGUCAGCAAUUUCUCCAAGGACCUGCUUGUUAAGAUCUGGAAUGACCCUCUCUUCAAUGUGCAGGACAUCAACAGCGCCCUCUAUAGGAAGGUCAAGCUGCUCAAUCAAGUUCGGCUGCUGCGGAUCCAGCUGUAUCACAUGAAGAACAUGUUCAAGACAUGCCGACUGGCCAAAGACCUCCUGGAUUCCUUUGACACAGUUCCAGGCCACCUGACAGAGGAUCUCCACCUGUACUCGCUGAAUGACCUGACUGCAACCAGGAAGGGGGAGUUGGGGCCCCGGCUUGCUGAGCUCACCAGGGCAGGGGCUGCCCAUGUGGAGCGAUGCAUGCUCUGCCAAGCCAAGGGCUUCAUCUGUGAGUUCUGUCAGAAUGAGGAUGACAUCAUCUUCCCUUUUGAGCUCCAUAAGUGCCGGACCUGUGAAGAAUGUAAAGCGUGCUACCAUAAAGCUUGUUUCAAGUCUGGAAGCUGUCCCCGGUGUGAGCGACUGCAGGCCCGGCGGGAGUUGCUGGCCAAGCAGAGCCUGGAGUCCUGCAUGUCAGACUACGAGGAGGAGCCCGCGGAAGCUUUGGCCUUCAAGGCUGCCGUUCUGGAGACCACCUGAAGAAAGCACGUUAGGCCCUUUUUCUAGGGACUAGGGUCACACAUAAUGCAGAACUGAGCCACCCUUUUAAGAACUUUCCCACUUGUUUUUUUAUUGUUAUCAUUAUUGUUUUUUUAUGAAUUGUCUAAUGUCCAUGUAUAGCCAACCUGUGUUGGGUUGGUGGGGUCCAGUCUGUUGUGACAGUUUGUGGGUAGCAGGUAUUUCCAUUGGAACUGACACAUGGUCCUUAAGUGAGGCUUCUAGUGCCUCUGUCAGGGGAAUGGACAGUGAGACACAGUUCUUCUGACAUCCACGGCCUUCUUCACUUGGACCGAAUCCAGUUUCGGCUGCAUCUCAAGUGUCAUUUCCAGUUUUAUUUUGUUCUAGUUCUGGAGCUUUUAAACCAGGUCUUUCUCAACCAACUCACUUCUCCUUUGCUGCUGAAACAGGAGAUGGAGCUUUCUCUCUCCCAAUCCUGAAACGGGCAGACUGUGCCCUGAGGAGAAGCAGCAGAGAAUGGGACUGCAUUGUGGGCAUUCUGUCCAGCUUACUUAGGUGUUUUUAGGCCAUAGAGACAGCAUUAUUACUAUCCUGGAAUCCGCAGAAACCUCAGAGAGGCAGCCAUGACUUCCUUGUGUGAAGUAUUCUGGGCAUAGGUGAUGUGACAACUGACUUUCUUUAUCUACCCUGGUGGGCUUGAAGCAAUGAAAAGAACUAAUAUUUAGGCCAGGCCCAUUUAUAGCCUCACACCAAGCGUAAAUGAGGCUGCAACUCCAUUGCUUAAGGAUAAUUUAUUCAGUCAGAGGAGUUGUUGGUCUCCUCUUAGGUGAUAAGGUCCCUAGCUCUGGUGCAGGUCCACUCCUUCCAGCUCAGGCAAGUCCCUGACGCCAUCCUAAACUGAGGACAGAAACCCCACCCACCAUUUUAUUUGUGGGCCGCUUGCCACUGUGUCCUCUGUAGGAUGGUCAUUGUGAUUCUGAGUAAAAGUAUGGCCCAACUCCAUUCUCUCUUUCCCCUUCCUGUAAGAGAGCCAGACCCUCCCUGAUGUCUGAUCUCUUGCCUUAGUUUUUUGUCAAAGUUAGGGAAAAGCUUCCUGCUGUUAGUGAUAGAGAACUUGACAGUUUGUGGAUGUUACUGUGUGUGUUCCUGUAUUUGUGGGAUAACAAGAGCCUUUAUGCCAAUUAUGCACUUAACUCUUUAUCCUGGUGAUGGUCAUGUUCAUUCAUCCUUUUCAUAUUACUAAUUUUAGCGUGCACACACACACACACCCCUUUUUUUAAUGUAUGUUUUGAUGGGACCCAUGUGGUGUUCUUAAGUUGCGAUAGCUCCUGACCUGUAUGUAAAACACUGGUUAGGGUUGCUGCUCCGAGGGCUGGCAGCUCUGUGAACUAAAACCCACAGCACUUUUGUUCUGGGACUGACUUCUUCCUGUGUACCUGUCUUUCCAUAGUUGCUUGCUGGUAGAAAAAAACUUGGCAUGUACGCUGAACAGAAAGUUGCACAUGGUUGGUGGAAGCUGAUAAGUGCCUGAGCUGGAGGCAGUCCGGAGUCUCAUAGGAAGUAGAAGGGGCAGUAAGGUAAUGGUCAGAUCUGAGGCUUUGCCAGGGCAAGAGGAAGCAAGGAGGAAUUGACCAGUGUGUUGGUCCCUCUGCCUUAAACUUGGGAUCUGAAGGCUGCAUCAGGCUGGAAGACUCUGAGGCUAUUCUCCCUUCGAUUCAUGGGGGAGGCUCUGAAAGCUAAGGCCUCCAGCCCAGCCCUGUUUUGAAGGACUGACUAGCAGCUCCCUUAUCCUCCAAGGAGUUUUGGGAAUGUUCCUAUAAAACUCAAGUCUCACUAAGCCUGAGGUUCCCAAUCAGGGGUUUGUAAAAAUGGUGAGCUCUACUUCCAGUUUUGGUUGAAACGACAAAUUCAGCUCCUUACUCCAAGUCAAUACACUGGAGGAGAAACACCUCACAUCUUUGUCCUGCCUGUUUCAUAUGAACAUAGGAUCAAAGGAUGGAAAAUGCUGACACAGUCUCCGAAGCUGAGCUCAACAAUCUUCCAUGCUCCUGGUUUUUCCCUUCACCUCACCCACCCCAUCCCUUUAGGUUGCAUAUUUGUUUUAGUGACCCUGACACUGUCCAAAUACCCACUUAUUUAUUUAUUUGAGAGUAAGGGAGAGAGGAAUGAGGGUGGGAUACUUUGAAAGCACUUUGCAACUUAUCAGUAUCUGAAAAUCCCUGCUGUUGUGGGGAGAAGGUUUGAAGGCACUGAAGAGAGUUCCUUCUAAAUGAAAUGGGAGGGAAGAAGUUUCUUUUCUAUAAAUAAAGGGGAAAAAUUGCUUACAAGGUGGAGACAAGAUUCAAGACAUAGCAGAAGAGUGGAAGGCAAAUAUUUUCCACUUAAAUGAGGCUGUAAUUGACUUUCUCUGCUAAGGCUUUAGAGCUUUUUGUUUAACAUUAAAGGCGCAAGAGUCUAAAUCCAGAUGUUCUGUGUGUGUACAAUUCAUGUUCUGAACUGGAUUCCUACUUGAUGUAAUUCAUACACGCCUAAUAGCUCAUUGUCCUCUUUAAUAA